GUUGCGGCGGCUGGUGGAAGCAGCGUCCGGCAUGGCCAGCUGGGUGUUCUGUAAUCGCUGCUUCCAGCCACCGCACCGCACGUCGUGCUUCAGCCUGACCAACUGCGGCCACGUGUACUGCGACGUCUGCCUGGGUGAAGGUGGCAAAAACGAGUGCUUGAUUUGCAAAGUCCCUUGUCGCACAGUUUUCCUUUCAAAACAUACUGACGCAGACAUCCAGGCGCUGUUCAUGGGCAUAGACGGCCUGUGUAAGAAGUACUCAAGAGAGACCUGCCAGAUUUCAGAAUUUCAAGAGAAGCACAGAAAGAGACUCUUGGCCUUCUAUAGAGAAAAGAUCACAAAGUUGGAGGAGUCCCUUCGGAGGUCAGCAUUGCGGAUGGAACAGCUGCAGGGGAUGAGAUUGUCACAGCAAACAGCUUUCAGCGCAGUAAAAACUCCAGUUUCAACUCCUUCAGCAAAGCCAGACGGACACCUGCUCUUGCCCCCUGACACGUCAGCCUCUGACAGAGUGGAGUCCAUGCAGGUUGACCAUACUCCUUCCCCGGUAAGAAAACCUGAAGUGGCAGUUGGCCCAGCAAGAAUCUCGCUGAUCAGCCCACCUCAGCACGGACGCAUGGGCAGCAUCUCCCACCACGGCCCUCAGCUCCUCGGCCUGACGCCCGGUCACAGCAGCGUGUCACAGGCUCUCAGGAUCCCGUGGCUGCCUGUCCCCUGCAGGGUGCUGUCCCAGCCAGCAGCACCCCCGGUCCCCAGCCAAGCGGCAAGAGGGGGCUCGCCCAGCCUCGGGGGCUCCCAGACGCUGGCCCCCAGGCCGCCCAUCAGCAUCUCUGCUCUGCUGCAGAGGCAGCGAGUAGGCAAGUGCGCCCUGCGUUGAAAAGGAGACGUGUGUGGAGGGUGUCUACGUACAUGUGGGAGGAGUGGACCUGACAGUUGCCUGUCCCUGAGAACUGCGCUUCUGCACUUUGGUGAGAGGGGCUCACACGUGUGUGCUCCUCGGCUCUUGGCUCCCAUGCUCCGCAGGGUCUGCUGGCCUUGGGGCGGCCACACGCAAAAAGGGAACGAGGUC